GAACAAUUCCCGACGCAGAUCUUCAUCAUCAUCUGUGGCUGUGGCUACCGCAUUUCGCAUCUGAAUAGCAUUUUUGCAAAAGGCGUAAAAAACAGUUUUAAAUUAAUUGUUUACGCGAACACAACAUCAAUAAAUCUUAACAAAUCACAACAACAACAAGAACGGCUACAAGAACGACCAACAACAACCAAAUCGAAAUUGCACGGAAAAUUUUUCGCAUAAUUCAAUAAUUUUUUUCCUUCGUCUAUUUGGAAAAAAGUGAUUUUAAACUUUAAUUCCGCAAAAAAAAAAAAAAUAUUUUCCCUGUUCGGCGUCGUGAAACAGCAACAACAUCAAAAAUGACCUCAAAAUGGAAAUUAUGUAUUUUAAUGGCAUUAUUUACGAGUCAAUUAAGCCACUCGUUCAUAAUACCCGAAAACACGCCCGAUUGUUUCGAUGUCAGCGAACACAACGACCCACUGCUGAUGCCAACGGAAAAAUGUUCAUGGCUGCUGAAGGCCAAGAAAGAUGUGGGCAAAUAUCGUACCUUUUUUGCCGAUCUGGUACAGGGCGAAAAUAAGGAUUAUGCCGUGGAAUUGCAAGAGAUUUUCAAUCUUCUGUCGCAGGCACGCGACGAACGUGACGAACGCAAAAAGGAGGAUCAAUUGAAAUAUGCCAAAUGGUUGAUGACAUCGACAAAGAAUUUGAAUGGCUUCCUGAUGAAGAAGGGCAUUUGGAGAAUUUAGGGAGAGAGAGAAUUUCCUCUCUCUCUCUCUGUAUUUUCUUUUUUUCUUAAUUAGUUAUGAAUUAUUUUUGUAUGUAUUUUUUAUUUGUUUAUUUUUACGGAAAAAAAAUUAUUCUAUGUUUGUAGUACAGUAGGUGUGUCAUCGCAUUAAACGAAUGGAAAUCCUGAA